AUGGAAGUUACAAAAAUAUUCUUCAAUAAUCUUCCGUCCACCACUAUCGAGCAUUUUCAGGAUGCCGACAUCAAAGAUUAUAUUUCGAGUAUUCUUGAUGAAAUCGACUCUGAAUCUCAAUCAUCAUCCAAUAAUGACAAUGCUAGAGAUUUGGUGACCUCUGUUCGAGAAGCAACUGAAAAUUUUUUAUUGGAUGCUGGAAUCGAGAAUAGCAUUAUCGAUACAUUUUAUGAUACUUGUGAAACUUGUUUUAAUGAAAAAUUAAAGCUGCGAGAUGAUAAUUCAAUCGAAAAGAUUAUUAAAGAUAUUCCAAAAUUGAGCUUGGACACUAGAAAAAGUAAUGAAAUUGAAACGAAAAAUUUCGAGACAAUUAUUUCUUCUUCGACAUCCGACAAGAUCAGCAACGAAUCUACCAAGAAAAAAGAAAUCGUAAAAAAAUCAACUAAACCACCCGAAAAUUCAAAGAAAUCUAUUUCUUCGGAUCCGAAUGAAAUUUUUGCUUAUUCUCAGCAAUCGAGAUUUCAUACAGAAACACUUGAAACUUUAUCAAAAGAGGUGGAUUUGAAAGAUGUCAAUAUUACAAUUGGAAAUAAGGAAUUACUUGUAGACUCGCGCUUACAAUUAAAAACCGGAGUUAAUUACGGAUUAAUUGGUAGAAAUGGCGUUGGAAAAUCAACACUUUUAAAAUGUAUCGGAGAUGGUAAUUUAAUUGGUUUCCCCAAGAAUAUUCGGGUUCUCUAUAUUGAACAGCUAGAAAACGUCAACGAAACAGAGAAUGUAGUAGAUAUCGUAAUUCGUGCAGAUAAAGAACGAACUCUUCUAUUAAACGAAAAAGAAAUUCUUCAGUCUGCGGUCGAGAAACAAAAUGAACAGGUUGCUAUUGAGCAUGCAGUUAAACGAGUACGAAUGGCAAGAUUGCAGAGAGAAUUGGAAUUGGCUGAGCAGGUUGCUGUUAAGCGAAGUGGUAAACGAGGAUUUGAAGCAAGAAAAGAGCUUUUGGAGGCUGAAGCGAAAAUGGAAACAGCAAAAAAAGGGUUACUGUUAAAUCAGAAUGACAGUGAAUCAAAUGAAGAUUAUAACAAAGUAGCUCAUGAGCUUUUGGCCGAAAUUUACGAAAAACUUGAACAGAUUGGUGCUGCUUCUGCAGAAGCAAGAGCUCAAGAAAUUUUAUCGGGUUUAGGCUUCUCACAUAAACAGCAAUAUUCUCCCUUGACUGCUUUAUCUUCACUGUCCGGUGGUUGGCGUAUGCGCGUAGCAUUAGCUCAAUCGUUAUUUUUGGAGCCGGAUAUCUUAUUACUUGACGAACCAACUAAUCAUUUGGACCUUCCAGCGAUUCUCUGGCUACAAUCAUACUUGAAUACACUUAUCGACACAACAUUAGUUAUUAUUUCGCACGAUCGUCAUUUCUUAAAUAAGACGGUCACGGAAAUAAUUCGUUUCAAGGACGCGAAAUUAACUUAUCAUGUCGGUAAUUAUGAUGAAUUUGAAGAGAACUUGAUGAAUGAGCGGUUAACGAAGGAACGAAUGCUCCAAAGUCAAGAAAAGCAAAAGAAGCAUAUUGAGGAGAGUAUUCAGAAAGCGCAAAAGAAAGCUCGUGAAAGUGGAAAUGAUAAACAAUUGGGAAUGGUUGCAAGUCGAAAAAAGAAAUUAGAAAGGUUUGGUAUGAAUAGAAGUGAAGCCGGCUUUAGAUUCAAACUUUCACGGGAUCGAAUGGGAUUCUUUAAUUCAGUAAGAGAUGAUAUUACGGUUGAACGUGCCGAAACAUCAAUAAAUUGGUCGAUUCCGAGUCCAAUUCCUCUUCGACAAAAUACCUUUUUGGUGCAACUAGAAGACGUUUCGUUUGUAUAUCCAAAAACGAAAACACUAAUAAUUCAAAGAUUCACUCUACAUAUCGAACAAGGAAACCGAAUUGCGUUCAUCGGAGCAAAUGGUGGUGGUAAAUCCACUCUAAUGGGGCUUUUGGCUGGUAGUUUAACACCAACGCGUGGCACAAUCACGCGUAAUUCACGACUAAAACUUGGAUAUUUCGCACAACAUCAUGUUGACGCGCUCGAUCUACGUAUCUCCGCUGUACAACUGCUCAUUCAAAAGUAUCCGGGAACUUCUGAAGCAACCGCACGAGCGCAUUUAGGCGGGUUCGGAGUUUCCGGGGACUUGGCUGCCCUUCUCCCGAUUCGACAACUUUCUGGUGGACAGAAAAGUAGAGUUGCAUUUGCCAUACAAGUAUUCGAACGGCCGCAUUUACUGUUGUUGGACGAGAUCACUAAUCAUUUAGAUAUGCAUACUAUUGAAGCAGUAGUUGAUGCAUUACGCAAGUUUGAAGGUGCUGUGGUGGUGGUUAGUCAUGAUCGAUGGUUUGUUGAGAAUGUGGCGGAUAGGGUGUUCGUGGUAGGAAAAGGACGUGUAAAAGAAUGUGAAGGAGGUGUUGAAGAGUAUACGAAAAUUGUUGCUAAAGAGAUUGGUGUUGAUAUUGACGAAUUUAACGAUGUUUGA